GAAAUUAAGUGGACGGUGAUCAAUAUGGCGACCUCCUCGAAGAAACGAAGUCUGUGACUAAAUCGCUUUUUUCGUAACAAGGAAGAAGGAAAUGUCUCUAAAACCAAGGAAAGUAGAUUUUGAUGCCACCUGGGCCACUCUUCUGGAAACGGUGAAGGGGGUUGUUACUUGUGCCAAGGUUGGGCGUGCCACAUGGAAUGACAGAUUUUCAGAUGUGUAUGCUCUUUGUGUGGCCUGUCCAGAUCCACUGAGUGAUAAACUCUACACAGAGACCAAAAAGUUCCUAGAAAACCACGUCUCAGAGCUCUAUAAGAAAGUACAAGAAAAUGGUGAGGAGAACUGUUUGGCGACUUAUCAUAAGCACUGGGAGGAAUACAGCCAGGGAUCCGGGUAUCUAAACCAGCUGUAUGGAUACUUAAAUACAACUUACAUAAAGAAACAGAAAUACACAGACGCUGAUCUGAGUUAUGGUGGAAUCAGUACAGACACGGCAGACCAAUUACUGGAAAUAGGGGAGCUGGCUUUAGACACAUGGAAAAGGCUUAUGAUAGAGCCACACAAAGAAACCCUCAUCAAGCUGAUUCUAAAUGAGGUCAAUCGUGACAGAAUGGGAGAGAUGGUCAAUCAGACAGUGGUGCAUGGCGUCAUCAACUCUUUUGUCAACGUCCAGGAAUACAAGAGGAAGCACCCCCUGCUGCUGUAUGAGGAGCUACUGGAGAAUCCGUACAAACAGGAGACUGGGGCUCAUUACAGGCAGGAGGCAGCCAAGCUUAAGGACGAAUACACCUGCUCAGAAUACAUGGAAAAGGUAAUUACUCGACUGGACAAUGAAGACUUCAGAAGUCGGAAGUUUCUACAUCCCAGUUCUUACAACAAAAUAACACACGAAUGUCAACAAAGAAUGGUGGCUGAUCAUCUCCAGUUUCUCCACGGAGAAUGUAAAGACAUGGUCAAACAGGAAAGGAGGAAAGACCUUUCCAACAUGUACAAACUACUGAAGCCAAUCCACGGUGGACUUGGCGUACUGGUACAGGAAGUAGAGGGACAUAUCAAACAAACCGGAAUGGAGGCUGUCAGAAAUCUUAAAGGAGAAAACGUGCCGGGACAGUUUGUGGAGUCUAUGUUGGAGGUCCACCAGAAAUACACAGAGAUGAUCCAGGGUGUGUUUCACUCUGAUCAGCUGUUUGUUGGGGCACUGGAUAAGGCUUGUGCCGCAGCAAUCAACUUUAAACAAAGUGCUAAACAUGUUUGUAAAUCCCCAGAAAUGCUUUCAAAAUACUGUGAUAAUUUAUUAAAGAAAAGUUCGAAAGGAAUUUCGGAGUCUGAAAUGGACGACAAAUUAACAAACUGUAUCACUGUCUUCAAGUAUCUAGAUGAUAAAGAUGUGUUCCAAAGGUUUUAUUCUCGAAUGUUGGCCAAAAGAUUAAUAUAUGGACAGUCAGCUUCAAUGGAUGCAGAGGAAGCCAUGAUAAAUAAACUGAAGCAAGCUUGUGGAUAUGAAUUUACAAACAAACUACAUCGGAUGUUCACAGAUGUUUCUAUCAGCACAACAUUAAAUAAAGAAUUUUCAGAUUUUAUUCAAUCCAAAGAGAAUGUAGAACUAGGAGUUAAUUUCUCUAUAAUGGUUUUACAGGCAGGGGCAUGGCCUAUUGGUCAAAGUAAUCUACCAACGUUUUCAAUUCCACAAGAACUUGAAAAAAGUGUGCAGAUGUUUGAGGCUUUCUAUAAUGUCAAAUAUAGUGGGAGAAAAUUGACAUGGCUUCAUAAUUUCUGCACAGCUGAGCUAAAGUUUAAUCACUUAAAGAGGCCUUACUUUGUGACAAUGGGCAACUUCCACAUGGCCAUUCUGUUGUUAUUCAAUAGUAGUGAUACACUGACAUUUCAUGAAAUUCAGAAAAAUACCGACUUACCGGAGAAGGAACUCGUCAAACAGCUCCAGACAUUAUUAGACACAAAAAUCAUCUCAACAGAGGGAGAUGUCAGCACAUGUAGUUGUGUUUCACUCAAUAUGGGAUAUACGAACAAAAGGACGAAAUUCAAAAUCACAGCAGCAAUUCAAAAAGAUUCCUCGCAGGAAGUAGAACAGACCCACAAUGCAGUAGAGGAAGAUAGAAAAAUGUACCUUCAAGCCGCCAUUGUCCGUAUAAUGAAAGCUCGUAAAAUUCUCAAGCAUGCUAUGCUUAUACAAGAGGUGAUAAGCCAGUCACGAGCAAGAUUCGCUCCAAGUAUACCAAUGAUCAAAAAGUGCAUUGAAUCGCUGAUUGACAAAUCUUAUUUAGAAAGGACAGCUAAUUCUUCUGAUGAAUACAGCUAUAUAGCAUAGCACUUUAUAUAGUAACUUGUAUUCAGGACAGUGUUAUACAAGCAUCAACUCUGGGAGAAAAGACGGACUACAAUAUUGAUGUACUAGUGUAUGCUUCUGUACAAGAUGUGUUAUUAAGUGCUGCAAAUUACAUUACAUUAAUCUUUUAACAUUGGCAAUUUGUCCUUUUUUGUGGGACUUUUUAUAUUUACUGCCAGAAUUAGGUGUUUUUCAGAAGCCAUUGUCAUCUUUUGCAAGCAGCAUCAUCAAACCUUUUUGUUUGCUCAUUACAAAUAAAAUGAUUACUUAUA